GAUGCGGAAACUCGUGGGCAAGAUUACGACCGAACCAAAUACUUACACAUGUCCGUGAAGGAGGUCGAAGCCCAUCAGGAGAAGAGGGAAAAGAAAGAGCAGCUGAUGAACAAAGGUAACGCCGUAUUGUGUGGUUUUGAUGGCAUACUACACUGUCACAGUGACUUGGAUACCUCCUAA